AUGACCUCCUCUUCAACUACGCCUCGCGAACUUCUCCUCUCGCAGACUUUUGCCAUCGGGUCGUUUUCUGCAUACGUCCUGUCUCAAGCAUAUGUCCUCUUCUGCGAGUUAACCGGAUAUAUUGCACCGAACCCGGAAACGACGUUGUACUGCCCGAGUCCAACACUCGUACUCGUCUUCUUCGUUGCGCAGGCCGCAGCGAGCGGGACGUGGAUCAAGACGUUAUUUGGAGGACGGUGUACGAAGAGAGCUGGACUCAACCUUCGUGCACUUUACUUUUCAAAGGAUCGGAAAGGGGACGACGAGGAGGCGGACAUGCAAGAGCAACUUCUUGACGGUCCGCGCGACGAUGUCACUUCUCUGGAUUCGACGCAGUUGGCAUAUCUACCUUUCUUCAUCGCCAGCAAUGUUUGUCUCACUGCCUGGAGCAUCGCAUGGCUACAUGAUUACGACACUACCUCCCAACUUCUCCUCGGUAUCAACAUGUGCAUACAGCUCUACUCUGUCUUUUUGCUCCUCCACCCAUCGCGGCAGCAUGCUCCCACUUCAAAAAAUUGGCUAUCUCACCUCGUCGCCAAGUCUGGAGCUGGCAUUGCGGUUUUGUAUAUGUGGAAGAACUGGGGUGUCAUUGACCGAUACAGGAUGUCGCCGACUGCCGAAAUGGUGAACAGUGCUUUAAUCUUUGUGCUUAUGACCGUAGCUUCUGGCCCAGACCCAACGCUAGGGUUGUGCAUCCUAUAUGACCUCAUCGCCCUCGCUUUUGGACCAGCAACCAGUUCCGAAUGGUACCAUACCUUCCUCUACAUCGCUGCUGCUGUUUCGGCUGUGUUAGGUUUGGAUGCUGUAGUAUGUCAAUGGACGCAGAAGAAGACAGAAAGUGGUCUAACUGGAGACGGUCCCUUUGACUACUCUGAUGAUGGUCGUUCGUCACCGAGCCUCUCGCCUGCAUUGCGGUUAGGGUAG